AUGGCUGCAACCGACAUUCUCCUCAACCAGGGGACUGGCUACGGCCUCCUUAUCGGGCUUGCCAUUGCCUUUGCCCUCAUUAUUCUCGCCGCAGUACGCAUCCAGAGACGCUACUUGGAGGAGGAGACAAACCGUUCAGAAAUGUUCAUGGUUGCCAACCGAUCAGUUGGUAUAGGUCUGACAGCGUCUGCCGUGUUCUCAAGUUGGAUGUGGAUCGAUGAGACUGUGUAUGCUUGUACAUAUGCCUAUUGGUGGGGGAUUGCAGCUCCCGUAUGGUAUGCAAGCGCGCUCAGCUGCCAGAUUGCCCUAAUGGCCUUUAUGGGUAUUAUCGCCAAGCUGAGGGUGCCGUAUGCCCAUACAUCAAUGGAGUUCAUACGGAAACGUUACGGAAACAUGGGCCAUGGGGUUUUUAUUGUUCUCAACCUGAUAAAUAAUUUCUUCGGAUGCUCAUCUAUGAUUUUGACGGGUAUGCUACUCUUCCAGGGAAUAACGGGCAUGCAUCCUGUAGCCGCAGCAUUCCUGAUCCCGUUGGGAGUCAUGCUGUACACCGCUGUAGGUGGUCUGAAAGCUACGUUCUUGACGGACUUUUGCCACACGACCAUUGCUCUCGUCCUCUUGAUCUUUUUCACGUUAUCGAUUCUCACAAACGAGCAUAUUGGGGGCAUCGGAGGUCUUUACGACAAAGUGAAAGCACUCGAUGUCCACAUUGAUGGGAACUACAAGGGCUCACUUCUGAGCUUCAAGUCCCAUAACGCAAUUAUCUGGGGUGUUGUUUUGCGAAUCGGAAAUCUUGCGUUGGUAGUUAUGGAUACUGCGUUCUGGCAGAAGAGCUUCGCGUCCGAAGUCUCUGCGACGGUACCGGGUUACAACCUUGCUUCCAUUGCGAUCAUCGCUGUACCAUGGACUAUUGGCACGGUGGUUGGGCUGGCUUGUCGGGCAAUCGAGCACACUCCAGUAUUCGUAUCCUAUCCCAAUAUCCUCAGCGAAACCGACGUCGCGAAUGGGCUUGUCUUACCGUACGUCUUAAAGUCAUUACUUGGCGACGGUGCUACAAGGGCUUUCUUAGUACUUGCUUUCAUGGCCGUUACCAGUACGGUCUCUUCGUCCAUGAUUGCAGUCAGUAGUAUCGUCUCGUUAGACUUCUUCAAGACAUACUUCAAGCCGAACGCUUCGGAUAGACAGAUCCUUACAGUCAGUCACUUGGGCGUAGUUGCCUAUGGACUUCUUAUCGCUGGUUGGACACUGAUGAUGAACUACAGUGGAGCAAAUGGAAACUGGAGUACCUACUUUUUGCCCGUUGUUACAUGUCCGGGAAUCUGUCCGCUCCUCCUGACCCUGAUCUGGUCACGGCAAACGAAGCUUGCCGCCAUCGUAUCGCCAGUCCUUGGUCUAGCGGGUGGACUUGGUACCUGGCUUGGUCUUUCGAAACGUUGGUACGGUGCCAUUACGAUCGCUACCACUGGUCAACAAAUGCCUUCUCUUUGGGGCUCACUCGUAUCUUUAUUCGGGCCCCUAGUCCUCUCUAUUAUCAUCUCACUCGCUUGGCCACAACGAUUCGAUUGGCGCGAGUUUCUCAGAAUCGACCUCAUCGAGGAUAAGUCGAAGCCAAGCACGACGGCACCGUCCCCCCAGGAUAGCUCCGUGGGGGUCAACGAAGAGCAUCUCACGACCGAGGAUAAAAACAAGAAUCCUGAGGUUGAAAUCGGCUCUGUACAGCCUCCAAUCCCGAAUCAAACAGUGCGCCCUGAACUCAACAAACUUCCAUUGGACCAGGUAGUCCAUCCCUUUGACCAGGAGACCAUGCGCCACGUGAAGAAGUGGCUGAAGAUAGCUACUGUUUUCAUGAUAGUAAACUGGACGGUUACGAUCCUGCUCUGGCCUAUGCCAUUGCACAGGGAUUACAUCUUCACAAAGUCAUUUUUCUCCGGUUGGGUGACUGUAUCUCUCAUAUGGCAAUUUUUUGCCUUGAUUGCGGUUGUCAUAUAUCCUGUCUGGGAUGGUAGACAUGUUAUUGCUAGAGGUUUGAGAGGUAUUGCCAAAGACAUCAAACUGAAGACGAGUUAGAACAUAGUAAAUUUGGAAAUGAUAUUUAUCGAAGUGAUCCAAGCCGAGUCACUGGUGAAUGCCAUGAUGGCUCUUCUCGUCUUAUCGCUCCAGGUCAUGCUCGAAGCCAAGUCUGGAAUCCCCAGAAAUCCUGUACGCACGAAGUGCUCGACUUGCUCAUCAGAACUGCAGCUUGUAAAUGCGGCCUUAGCACUUCAGCGUCCCUUCUAAAAUGGAAAGGUGGGUUGAGGCGAAUAACAAAAAGUUGCGCCGAAACGACGUUAUUUCAGAGCGUCGUCCUAGGACGAUAUCACUUAUGGUGGACCUUAUGGGACAGUUUCUGGAACUUCCAAUGAUCGAAGGCAAUCCCAAAGCGUGAUAGCCAACUCAAAGGGAGAUAAAUA